AAAUUGAAAAUUUCCCACCUAAAUUAAACCGCCAAGACGAAGGGAAAGAAAGAGAACUCAUUUCAAAAAGCCAAAGCUAUUCUACAUUCCCUUAUUCUCUUUCUUUCUUCCCAUCCUCAAUUUCACUCUUCUCUUCUUCUAUCUUCAGAUAACAUUUUUUGCAGGUUCAAAAAUGGCCGGGAAAGGUGGGAAAGGGCUUUUGGCUGCCAAGACUCCUGCAGCGAACAAAGAUAAGGAUAAGGACAAGAAGAAGCCAAUCUCUCGAUCCUCCCGCGCUGGUAUACAGUUCCCUGUAGGACGAAUUCACAGGCAUCUCAAAACAAGAAUAUCUGCAAAUGGGCGAGUUGGUGCGACUGCUGCAGUGUACCUAGCAUCAAUUCUGGAAUAUCUGACCGCUGAAGUGCUUGAGUUGGCUGGAAAUGCGAGCAAGGAUCUGAAAGUGAAGAGAAUCACUCCAAGACAUCUUCAGCUUGCCAUUAGAGGAGAUGAAGAACUUGAUACCCUGAUCAAAGGAACCAUUGCUGGAGGUGGUGUGAUUCCUCACAUUCACAAAUCCCUCAUUAACAAAGCCUCCAAGGAUUGAGACAUUCACAUGUAUCUUUAACUAGUGUUUAGCUUAAUCUAAUGACUUCUAAGACUGUAGAUGAACACAUUUACUUUGCAUCCAAGAAUUAUCUUCUCUGCUUGCUUUUGUGAAGCUUUGCUACUUCCUCUCAUACCCCCAUCUCUUGUGUAUUUGGUUGGACAAGUAUAUUUGUUCAGUGUAAGAUUGUUAUCUUUGUUGUAUGUGUUUUUUAAUUUAGAUUACUUUCUACAAGUUUGUUGAGUGGCUCA